ACAAAUUAAAUAGUUUUCUAAAAAAUGUUUAAAGCUUUAAAAAAAGAAUUCAAAGUAGCCUUGAUUGAUAUCAUUGAUUUAAAUACAUUCCUCCCUUUUUCUCUUCCUUCUAGUUGAAAGAUGGAACCAUUGGAAACCACUAUGGACUAUAGUGGCUAUUACAUCUAUGACCUCCCCAGUCCUUGCAGCAAAGGGGGGGUCAGGGACUUUGGGCAACUCUUCCUGCCACCAUUAUAUUCCCUGGUGUUCCUAUUUGGUCUGCUGGGCAACUUCAUGGUGGUUUUGGUCCUACUCAAAUACAAGCGGCUUAAGUCUAUGACUGAUGUAUAUCUGUUCAACCUUGCCAUCUCUGACCUGCUCUUUGUUUUUUCCCUCCCUUUCUGGGUCUACUAUGUUGCUGCUCAUCAAUGGGUUUUUGGAACAGCCUUUUGCAAAAUCAUCUCCUAUAUGUAUCUGGUUGGGUUUUAUAGUGGCAUAUUCUUCAUCAUGCUUAUGAGUGUAGACAGGUACCUGGCGAUAGUGCAUGCUAUUUUUGCCUUGAGAGCCAGGACUCUGACCUAUGGGGUUAUUACAAGUCUAGUUAUAUGGUUGGUAGCCAUCUUAGCCUCACUUCCUGUCCUCUUAUUCAGCACCUCUUACACAGAGAAUAACCAUACCUACUGCAAAGAGAAGUACCCUGGAAAUUCAACCACAUGGAAAGUUCUGAGAUCUCUGGAAGUGAACAUCUUAGGGCUCUUGAUUCCUCUUGGAAUCAUGCUCUUCUGUUAUACCAUGAUCAUCAAGACUUUGCAUCGUUGCAAAAAUGACAAAAAAAACAAGGCAGUGAAGAUGAUCUUUGCAGUCAUGAUCGUGUUCCUGGUAUUCUGGAUUCCAUACAACAUUGUGCUCUUCUUGGAGAUCUUGGUAGAACUGGAAGUUCUGCAGGACUGCACCUUUGACAUGCAGCUAGACUAUGCACUGCAGGCCACAGAAACCCUGGCUUUUGUUCAUUGUUGCCUCAAUCCAGUUAUCUACUUCUUCCUAGGGGAAAAGUUCCGAAAAUACAUCAAGCAACUCUUCAAAACCUGCAGGGGACCUUUAAAGCUCUGCAAACACUGCAGUUUUCUCCAAGUUUAUGCCUCGGACACACCCAGCUCAUCUCAUACUCAGUCUACUAUGGAUCAAGAAUUACAUGAUGCUUUGUAAAGGUUAGCUGACUACCUUCCUUCAAUGGAGAAAGGAACUGAGACACUCUUUAAGUCAUCUCAGGGUUCUCUUUUCAGGUUUCAGUCAAUAGAUGUUAACCAGAGUAUCAAGUCUGUCCCUUAUCCUGAACUUGGCUUUUCUUCUUAGAGUGUGUUUAAUUCCCAGGCCAUCAUUGUUCACUUGGUCUAAGAAUCUUGAUUUGUUUUGCAUUCCCCAACAAGAAUGGGGUGGUAAUUUUAAGAAGUCUUUUAUGAGAAGAACAUUGAUAAGAUGACAUACAACAAAGAUGGAGAUGCCAUGAAAAUGUAGCCUGAG